CAUAUUUUUUUAUUCCUCUUGACCUCAUCAUGUACAAAAUACAAAAAUGUAUUUUAUUUAACCCAUUGACACUGAGAAGGCAAAAAUACAAGCUGUACACCCUGUAAGUUUAGAUUAUUAAUUGUUUACACGUUUCCACAAGUGCCCAGUUACCUCUGGGUCAAUUACUUUACUCUAUCCAGUCUCAGAAAAGGAAAUACUGGCAACUCACCCUAGACUCUGGUGUACUCCAAUUUGCUAUUUAGAGUAAUAUAAAGUAAUUAAAAAAUAUUAUAAAUAAUUUCAGACAUAUAGAAACAGAGGUGGUAUUCAAGAAAGGUCAUUGAAUGUUAAUGGUAAUGGUAAUUCAUAGCAGUAAUAUGUAAAACUACAUACUGUUAUAAAUCUCUCUUAUACUAUAUUGAGAAUGACAUAUAUUUUACAUAUUUAACUGUAAUUUGGGCAACUGUACAUUUUUUGUCAUUGCAUCAACUUUGAAGGUUUGCAGCACCAUUUGCAUUUUUGAAUAGAAAAUGCUGUAAAUAUGUAUGAAACUGAUCAUUGAAUAGUUGACAAUAAAUCUGUACCCUUCGUGAAUGCUGCCUCAGUGUUAACUUCUUACAGAUGUGUACUGCCAUGAUAGUCAUGAAAGAUUUUUGUUUGGGAAUGGGUACGGCUGUACCUGUCAUGGAAAAUUUUGGCUUGUAAUAUUACUGUUGUAAUAUAGAUAGGAUUUAUUGUACUACUUACCUUUUUGGGUUAUUACAGUGGUUUAUUAGGAUGGGUUUAUGAUGAUAAAUAUAUUUUCUAAUUAAGAGCAUUAAGUUUUAGUUUUGUCAGCAAUACUCUUUGUGAGUACUGCCCAGGUAUUAACUUCUUAUGGAUGGGUACUGCUAAGGCAGUCAUAGAAAAUUUUUGUUUAACCAAACACUGACAGGUAUCAGAAAUCUCUUGGCGUCAAAAACUCUGGUGAUUUCUGGCAACAUCCAGCUGCUAGGCUGGGUGUCCACUACAUGAAGUUCCACGUGCUCUAGCGCCUCGUCGCACGUAUAUCCGCAGACUGCGCAGUUUGUUAUGACGGCUGUACACGUUACCGGUCCGUAAGGGAUUAGAGAUAAUACGGCUAUACCCGUCAUGGAAAUUUUUGGCCUGGCGGUGGGUAUGGCUAUAAAUGUAAUGCUUCGGAUACGAUUUUAAUGAUAGUGACGGGAACGGCUGUCACAGUGGACUGUUUUCAAGAUCCUUUUUUAUUUUUUUGGCUUUUGGCUUUUGAGGUCAUGUCAACUGAGGUAACAUUUUGAAAGAUUCCUUGGUGAUGACGUCAGGUCACGCGACUGUGUUGUCAUGUGAUGAUAUCAAGAGUGACAUGAUUGGAUAAAAAAACUAUUAAAGGGCGAGCACAGGUCAAGGUAGUCUUUCGCCAGCUUUCCGUUGUCCGCUCUCACAGGCCUCGGUCCUCCCCUGCCAUCCGCUCCCUCAGUUUAAAGGAAAAGGAGGUGAUGGAUGAUCCCCAGCCUUCAACUUCCAGGGGUCUUUCACAUUUGAGUAAUACACCUGAUCCUCUCCUCAAUCUGAUCAUCCAUUCUUCUGAUGAGGAAUGUGUGGAAUCCGAUGAGAAGUAUAUGCUGCCAACUAAACGGUGCAGGGCAGAGGAUGAUUACGAUCCUAAUGUUGCCCUUGGAGAUGACUCUAACUGGGAGGACAGCGACUCAGAGGAUGAGUCUGAGCUAUCCGACUCUGAGUCAGACAUUGACUCUGUGUCACUGCACAGCAUGUCAAUUAACUGCUGUGAUCGCAAUACCCUAGGUACUUCCUCCUUUGUCUGGAGAAAAAGGGAGAAUAACCCACUGCGCUUCGACUUCACUGCAACUCCUGGGGUCAAGCUUCCUGACCUGGAUGCUGCUUCACAGCCUGAAGAGGUCUUCAGCAAAUUCCUGACAGAGGAACUCUUGGAAAAGAUUGUACAGGAGACGAAUCGAUAUGCUUCACAGCACACAAAGACACCCUUUCUCAACAUGAAGGGUUGGGAGGAUAUCACAGUGCAUGAGUUUCGGGCAUACCUUGGGCUGCAAAUCCUGAUGGGAUUGCAGUCCAUGCCUCACAUGCAGGAUUUCUGGUCUCAUGAUCCUCUGAUUUCGUCAACAAUUUUCUCACAGACCAUGUCAUGGGAUCGUUUUGAUGCCAUCACAUCGGCACUCCACUUCAUUGACAAUGGAGCUGACCAUCCUGCUGUUGAUCGACUUUGGAAGUUGAGACCUGUCAUUGAUGCCCUUGACAAACAGUUUUCUAGUAUCUUUGUCCCCAACAAGUUAAUUUCUGUAGAUGAGAUCCUCUGGGGUUUCAGUGGGUGCCAUCAGGCACUACAGUAUGUGCCAAACAAGAGAGUGUGCAGUGGUUUGAAGGUCUACAAGCUCUGUUCAAGUGAUGGCCCAGAGGCUGGCUAUACAACUGCCUUCGGCAUUUACAUGGGACAGGAUCGUGGGGAGCUCCCCACAAGCAUGAAAGUGGUAAUCGACCUCAUGGAGAAAGGGGGCCUAAUGGACAAGGGGUACGAAGUAUACACUGGCAACUGGUUUUCAUCCCCGAAACUUUUCCACUACCUGCAGACAAGGAAAACAAGUGCUGUCGGGACAGUACAAGCAAACCGUAAAUACAUGCCGACAGACCUACAGGCGAAAGGGCGAGGAAAGAUAGACUUCCGUAGCACGAACACAGGGAUGCUUGCCCUGCAGUGGAUGGACAAGAGACCCAUAACCAUGCUCUCUACAGUCCACACUAGUGAGAUUGAAGCUCUUUCUCUCAAUUGUCAGGAACAACAACGGACAAAGCCAAAGGUUGUGCUAGAGUACACCCAUCGCAUGAAGAGAAUUGACCUCGGCGAUCAGUUAGCACAGUCCUACACAUCAACAAGGAAAACAAUAAAAUGGUACAUAAAGAUUUUCUUCACUCUUUUGGACAUGGCUGUGAUCAACUCCCUGGCUGUACACAAAGUCCUUGGUGGUAAAAUGGCAGAAGCCGAAUUCAAAAUGGAGCUUGUGCGAGGCUUGCUAGAAGGGGGAGAGCUAGGAAGAAGGAGGAAGAACCAUAUCUCCCCUGCUCCUGCUGCCCCUGCUGCUACUGCUGCUCCAGACCACAUGCCAGAGGACACACCCUUCCGCAGGUGGAGGAGGUGUGCCUUCUGCUGGAACAGUAAGCGGAAGAGAAAGGAAACGAGGAUAUUGUGCAACAUCUGUGGGGUCUCCCUGUGCCCUACCCCUUGCUUCAAAGAGUUCCACAAUUCUCUAGAUGUCUGAGUGUGUAAACAUGUUUUGUAAAUAAUAUGUACAUAUAUGUAAAUAUUUUUAUUUAUUUUUAUGAAAGUAUAAAAAGAAAAAGAAGAAAAAA